CAUUCUAUCGCUCUUAUUCCGCAGAUUUACGCAAAUAUGGCAAACCAAGGCAAAGGAGGAUCGCCGUCGCCGCUAGAGUACACCGGUCGCUCGACGAGUGAUCGGAAGCAGUUUCUAGUGAAUAAUGAGUUCAUGUCGGACGUGGUGUUCCUGGUGGGCGAAAAGAAGGAGCGGAUCUAUGCGCACAAACUGUUUCUGAUUGCAAACUCGGAGUACUUUUACGUCAUGUUCAAUGGGAGCUUUAAGGAAUCGAGUCAGAGUGAAAUUGUGAUGAACGACGUCGAGCCGAAGAUCUUUCUGGAGAUCUUACGGUUCGUGUACUGUGGAAAGAUCGAAUUGACGUUCAACAAUAUCCACGAGAUUUACAUCCAUUCGAGGAAGUACAUGCUGAUGGAACUGUUGACCAUGGCUUCCAACUUCCUGGAGAAGAGCAUCGAGCCGAACAAUGUGUUGAAGAUCUUCACGCAGAACCGGUUCUACGGGUUUCAGUUUGUCGAUGAAAAGUGCUUGAGGCUAAUCAGGACGAAUCCGUUGUUUUAUUUUAAUCAUGAGGAUUUUUCACUGAUUGAUCGGGAGUCACUGUGUUUGAUCCUCGGUUCGAAGAAGAUCAACUGCACGGACGAUCAGCUGAUGGGGGCGUUGGAUAUCUGGGAGAAGGGCCACCAGACGGAGAACGUGGACGAGCUGAAGGCGAUCAUAAAGGAUGCCAAAAGAUCGUACGAUUGCUACAAGCUGCGGUUAUUUGGCCCUUCCUCCGGAUCCGAACCGAACGAUUUUGGGUUCUCGAUCGUUUCGGAAACGAUCGUAAAUUUGUACGGGAUCGGUGUGUUCUUCAAGUCCGCGGCGAAAGUCAUCGCGAUUGAGGUGAAGAUCUGGGAGAAUGACAUCGAGAUUGGCUGUGAUCUGUUCGAGUACGAGAAUGACAACUUUGUGACCGUGGACGUGGCGAAUCUGUUCUUCGAGGAAAUUGUCCUGAUACCGCACCAUCGGUACAAGAUCUCCCUCAACAUAACGCCCGCGGUGGAACCGUUCACCAUUCAAAAUCCGAAGAUUCACCACGAUCGGAUCAAGAUGUCGAUCGCGAACGUCAUCUACGGACGCUGUGAUAGUACGUACAGUGCGAUCGCUCACAUGCACUGUCGGGAACGAACCGGCAAAACCCUCGGGUGAAUCGACGGAAAUCGAUCUGAUGAUAUAGGCUUCUCAUUAAACUAGAUGAAUUAUCAUUCGUUGAUUGCGGUUUUUAGACUAAGUAGGCGUGUACUUAGUGGCGUUGGAAACGUUCAAAUAAAUCAAUCAAAGCAGUCUCUGUC